AUGAGGCAACACUGUGCUCUCAAACAUGGAAUACUCAAGGAAUUCCUGGCAGAAUUCCUCGGGACGUUUGUCUUGGUUGUAAGUAACCCCUUGCUUGGUAAAAUUGUUUUUCAGAUGAGCUUUGGACUGAGCAAUAGUGCAGAAUACUUCAGUGUAGUGCAAUAUAUAAAAUGUAUUUGCCUUCUGACAGAUUUUGAAGUUGAGCUUCUCUUUCUUAAGUUUUCAAGUCUGAGAUGUUGUUUAUAUGUUAAUUUUCAGUUUUUUGUUGAGGUCCAGACCACUCAAGCGGAUCUUCAGGAAUGUUAAUGACUUUCCUUUAAAAAGAGGUUUAAUUCCCUUGAACAGAUGUUGGUAUAAAUCUGUUGUUGCUGUUGUUGUCUUCCUCCCUGUUGGUCAGUUGUUCGGCUGUGGCUCAGUCGCUCAAACCGUGCUCAGUCGAAACACCCUGGGUGAGCCUCUCACUGUCCACAUCGGCUUCUCCGUAGGACUGAUGAUGGCGGCGUAUGUGGCUGGUGGAGUGUCAGGGGGCCAUGUGAACCCUGCUGUGUCCCUGGCCAUGGUGAUUCUGGGCAAGCUGAAGAUUUGGAAGUUUCCCUUCUAUGUCAUCGCUCAGUUUCUUGGUGCUUUUGCUGGAGCUGCUGCAGUCUUUGGAUUAUACUAUGAUGCUUUCAUGGACUUCACCAGCGGGAUUCUGUCCGUGACGGGAAUCAAUGCAACAGGUCACAUUUUUGCUUCCUACCCCGCGAGACACCUGUCAGCCCUUGGCGGCUUCAUUGAUCAGGUGGUGGGGACGGGCAUGUUGGUCCUGUGUAUCCUUGCAAUCAUCGAUGGCGGAAACAUUGGAGCUCCUAAGGGCGUGGAGCCGCUGGCCAUCGGGCUGAUCAUCAUGGCAAUCGGCGUGUCCAUGGGACUGAACUGUGGCUACCCCCUGAACCCCGCCAGAGACCUGGGACCCCGACUGUUCACGGCUGUAGCAGGGUGGGGGAUGGAGGUUUUUAGCACCGCGGACUACUGGUGGUGGAUCCCCGUGGCGGGGCCCAUGGUGGGGGGGGUUGUCGCAGCCGUCGUCUACUACCUGCUCAUCGAGCUGCACCACCACCACAACGAGCCUGAGACGCCCCAUGAGGAGGACGAGGAGGAGGAGGAAGACGAGGAGGACGAGGACAGCAGUCUGAAGGACAAAUAUGAGAUGAUCACCAUGAGCUAAAAAAAAAAAAAGACAUUAACCUCCAGGACUGACUGGUCAGAUUCAGCUGUUUUGCUGUCAAUCAGACGACAAGCACCCGGCACAGCGGCGGGCUUCCUCUGUCAGUCUGCUCUCUGUGGUAAACCCUUUAAUAGCAGGAUAGGCUGUAGUAACACUUCUGAUUGACUUUAUGCUCUGCAGGGACAAGCUUUUCCAGCUCAGUGGCGGCACCGUUAAAACCUUCACGGGUCAAAACACAAAGUAAAAUAAAUUAGGAAACGUUUUAGACUAAAAAACUGCAGCUAGUUGCACGGCGCUGAUACUGGUUUCCAAACCAAUGCUGGACUGUCUCCUCCUCAAUGUAACUUUUUAUGUUUUAUGUCUCACAAACACAUGAAAAUCUCAGUCCUGCUCCACAUUGUUAUGACUUUUCAUAAAUGUGUUGUAAAUACUGUAUUGUAAAUAUUACCCUUCAUUUGAAUAUACUCACUUGGAAACAACUCACACUGGAAUAAUAGUUUAACCUGCAUGCCAGUUUCCUUUUAGGUUUGCUCCCAUUUUCUUUAGUGGUUUUGAUAGUUUAUCUGUAUAUUCACUUACAUUUUUUUUUUUUUUGU